UCAACGCGAAGUCUCGUUUCUGAUUGGACGUUCGACUCGCCCCCAAUCACCGGACGCUGUACGUGCGAGGUCGACGACUGCUUUCCGAACAUAUGGUCGUUUAAUGGUCGCCGCUCACCGCCUCCCAUGCCACUCAGACCGUCCACUUACGGUCGUAUCUUCCGGUUGAGUAGACUUGCCGGUGGGCCGCGCCUGCCAGCGAGUCCGCCCCGCCGCCUCGGACCGACGUUGGGCGGCAGCCUUCCUUUGCUCUUCGCCCGGACACUCACGAUGCAGUCGCGCGGACACGCUGCCGGCUGCGGCGGGCGAGAGGAGGCCCACUCGGCCCGGGGAGUGGGCGAGCCGGGGCCGGAGCUUCCCCGCAACAUCCCCACCAUCACCACGGAAGACACGGGCCCCCCGCUGGAGAAGAGCCGCGCGCGGAGCGCGCUCGUGGCGCACGACAGGAACCUGCGCACCCCUAGUCCCCUGGCGGAGGCCAACGGCGACGACGACUCGGAGGCGGAGUCGUACCGCGACGGUCGCACCGACGAGGUCGACCGGGACACCCGGGGCCGGGCGUUCGCUUGGUGCCGAGACUUUCUGUCCGGCUCGUGGAAGGUGAUCCGAGAGGAGGAUUUUCAAAUCAGCAUCGUCAGCGGUGGACUGAGCAAUCUGCUGUAUCUGUGUAGUUUGCCCGAGCAUGUGCACUCCAUGGGAGAGGAACCUCGCCGGGUGCUCCUCAGAAUCUACGGUGCCAUCCUACAGGGCGUCGACUCUCUGGUGUUGGAGAGCGUGAUGUUUGCCAUCCUGGCAGAACGAACGCUCGGGCCAAAACUUUACGGCAUCUUCCCCGAGGGACGCUUGGAGCAAUACUUUCCUAAUACCCGCAUGUGCACAGCACAACUCUCAGAUCCGGCCAUCUCAGCUGAGCUCGCCACCAAGUUGGCACAUUUCCAUGAAAUGCUCAUGCCCUUCAACAAGGAACCUAAGUGGCUGUUUGGGACCAUGGGCAGAUACAUGGAUCAAGUGAUGAAGCUUAAUUUUGUACGGGAAGCACAGUUGAAGAAGUACAAGAAGCUGAUGAAGUUUGACCUGCCUGCUGAACUAGAGAGCCUCCGUGCAUUGCUGGCAGCAACUCCAUCGCCAGUGGUGUUUUGCCACAACGACGUCACGGAAGGUAACAUUCUUAUACUCGAAGGCCGCAAGCCCUCCGCAAAAGAAAGACUCAUGCUGAUCGACUUUGAAUACAGCAGUUACAAUUACAGGGGUUUUGACUUUGGGAACCAUUUCUGUGAGUGGGUGUAUGAUUACACCUACGACCAGUGGCCUUUCUACAAAGCCACACCAGAGAACUACCCCACCAGAGAGCAGCAGCUUCAUUUCAUAAGAAAUUAUUUGGCAGAACAGAGAAAAUACACAGACCUGCCCGUGGACCAGACACAGAUCGAAGAGGACAUGUUACUUGAAGCAAACAGGUUUGCGUUAGCUUCGCACUUCCUCUGGGGGCUGUGGUCCAUCAUUCAAGCCAAGAUAUCAAAGAUUGAGUUUGGAUACAUGGACUAUGCCCAGUGUCGUUUUGAUGCCUACUUCAAGCAAAAAAAGCUCUUCUCCUGAAUUCCACCAUGUUAAGAUGUUUUCCAGCGAUGCAUUAUUGAAACUCAAGCUCUAUGCAGAUCAGCCAAGUAAUAGUUUUUGAAAUGUAGAAAUUAGCAUUUUAAGACUGGGCACAAGCACAAUCUAAGCUUUCAGGCAGUCCAUUUUCUGAAAGUUAGAGCCUAUCUCCCCAUUGUGUGAAAUGUUGUUAGAACAGAUACAGGUCUGUAGCUUUGCAUGUUGUUAUUUAUCAUAUAAGUCAAUGUGAUGUUCGACUAUUUUAUUUUAUCACCCAUUUUUAGAAGCACUUCAUGUUUCUGGACCAUUUUUUUUAACAUUUCUUGAGCUGCACUGCCUGUGCAUGUCAAUGAUGGACAAUCGUAGUUGCCAGAGAAAUCAUGUCUUUUCAUUUUAGACUCUAACUCUUACUGCAACAGUAAUUCUUAGACUUGUAUAGGUGAGUUUAAUGAGGAAGGGUUUUGUAUUACUUGUUGCUUUAGUGUUGUUAGUCAUUCUACCUCACCUUUUUCUUCUGAUGUUCAUUCUGCAUUCAGUCAAAUAGGUAGAUUCCAUGAAGGUUGAUUGUAAAUGCAUCUUGUGAGGAAAGCCGCAAACUGAAUAUCAUGACCAGCUUCGCUAAACUAUCUCAUGUCUCGCAGGUAGUUUUACAGAAGAAUAUGUGAAAAUAUUGUCCACCAAUCGUUAGUUAUGUUAGAAGCUUACCCACAUUCAUCAAACUUUCUUGAGGGCUAUUUCAUACAUUAUCGCUGUCGUAAACAAUACUGUUAAUUCAACCAUUAAAAUGGUUACUAAGUGUAAGGACCAUGUCAACACACUAUCUCUUUUAUUAUGUUUCACUCAGUUUUUUGUUUUUCCUAAUCAAAAAUAAUGACUUGGAAUUUAAAAUUGAAAUGUCCAUCUGGCACAUGUAUGUAUUAAAGUUCAGUGCCUAAAUUAGAGCAAACAGUGAUUUAAAUCUGUGUUGGAAUUAGGUCACAUGACUUGGCCUGUUUCUAAUUUGAAUGUCUAGUGGGGUUUUGACAUGUUUAAAUCUCAGAUCUUUUUAAAAUCCAUUUAUACUGUCUCCUGGAUUUAAUUGAAUGCACUGCGUAUCAUGUCAAUAUGUUCAUGUCUUUACACAUCAUCAGUCUAUUCAAGAAUGGAAACUACAAGUUUGACUGUGCCUCAUUAACUGUAGCUGUUGUUAAAGCAAAACUGUCCCAGAACAUUUUAUUCUGUUCAAUUUUCUCUGUAAUAUGUUGGACCUAUUUGCACUACCAGAAUAUAAUUUAAGAGCUAAUAAACAUGUGCUUUGAAUUGAAA